GUCGCAAACGAACAACGAACCAUCGAAGUUUAGAAUUUUGAACAACAAACGUUCGCUAAGGAAAAAACUUCCGAUCGCGAUCGCGCGCGCUCUUCUCGAACAAAAAAUAAAAUAUAUCGAAAACGAAAAUAAAAUUGAAAAUAAAUAUAAAACAAUAACAACAACAACAACAAAAUAAAAGCAAUCAAAACGGCAACAAAACGAAAAUUGCAAAAAUAAUACAACAAGAGAGAGAGAAGAAGGAAAAGUGUUAUUUGCCAAAACGAAUUUGAAACAACGAAACAACAACACAGCAUCAAAUAAAGAAGCAAAAAUCAAGCAAUAAAAUUAAGGAAGCAACAACGAAUUUUAUUGUAUUUUUUCUUUUUGAGAUAUAUAGAUAUUUUUUUAUAUUUUAGUUGCAUGCCGCGUGGAUUUUAAAGGCAGCAAAUAGCAAAGCAAAGCAAAGAGUGCUCCGCACAGCAUUAAAAGAUAUAAAUACAUAUAUAAAUACAUAUAAGUACUAUAUUUAUAUAUGUGAAUUAGAGGCGAAUUGUUGGCCAAAGUAGACGCAAAAAACAACAGCUACAAAUUCCCAUUUAGAGGCGUUGCCGCCGCUGCAAAAAAUAGAAACGCGAACAAAAAACAAAAAACAACGCGCUAAAAACUAAAUCGUAAAAAUUAAUUAAACAUAAAUUAAGCACAAGUGUAAUUAUUGCUGGGCCAAAAGUAGCGCAAGGCAGCAUAUAGCAUAUAUAUCAUAUAGCAUAUGUAUAUAGUUCAGCAUAUGGUUCAUUCAUACAUAAUUAUAUAAUCUGAGCAAUUUUUCGCAAUUGAAAUAGUUUCGAGUAUGCACUCAGUUGUUUAUAAUUAAUAUAUAAUAUUAUCACUGUUAUUAUUAUUAUUGCUGUUUAUUGUUAUUAUUACUAUUGUACAAUUGCAAACACGUGCUCUUAUAGAAGAAUUGCGUCUAUUCGAUUAUCAAAUUUAUUAUGUUUGCAUUGACAAAGUUGUUGCACUCACAUUUCGAACCCUUGCGAAAUUGGCAAACGCUGCUCAUGAAGCGCUUGAAGCCGCCGGAAGAAGGAGACGACAAAGCAUAGAAGCAUAAAAGCAUAAGAAUAUGUGCGUAUAAAUAACGAGGAGAAAGCCCAAAACGAACGAACAAAAUAAAAUCAACGAACCAAAAGGCAAAGCAACUGCGAAACGAACGAACUAUUUGGCGCCCCAACAACUAAGACAAACAACAACAACUACAACGAAAUUCUCAUCGACCAACAACAAGAACAAGAACAACACUGUGAGGCGAAGGAACAACAAUAACAUUACAUAGCACUCGACUGAAUAUCGCGGUGUGCGAAAUUUGCAGCUUUUCCAAGAAAAGUUCGCUGUUGUAAACAUUUAUUUAUUUUCACGAAUUUCUAUUCGCCAACUUCCUGUUGUUAAUUGCAUCUAAACAUUAACUGUAAAUUAAUAUACAUUAUUUAUUUAUCAUUGUUGUCCAAAAAAACAAAAAGAAACUUUGUUUUGUUGUGUUUAGAACGUUUAGUAAGAGAGAGAUUUAAAUUUUAAGAGCCAAAACGAAUUUAAAACUAGUCAAAACAGAUUUAAGUGUAUACGUAAUAAGACGUUGCGUAUACGUUGCGUAUACUUGAUACACAUAGAUUCUAAGCUGAGUUUAUAAGAAACGCGCGUUAUGAUGAAAAAUCUUAAUGGUAGAGCGCAUAAUGCGUGCUACCAUCCCUACUAUCAGCAACAGCUGCAACAGCAGCGCCAUCAGCAACUGUUGCACGGCCAACAGCAGCAACUGCAGCAACAGCAACUUCAACUGCAGCAACAUCAGCAGCAGCAACAACAGUUGCAACAGUUGCCUUAUGCUCAGUACAACCAGCUGCAGCAGCAGCAACAAUACAGCAAUCAGCAGUACUACAAUCAACAGCUACUGCAACAACAGCAAGAGCAAUUGUUACGUCAGCAACAGCUGCCCACGCUGCCAACCUACCAGCAACAACAGCAACAGCACUCGAAGCAAUCAUAUGGCAAUAACAACGGCAACAAUAAUGUUGCUGCCAAUAUGGCAAUGUCUGCACGCAGCAACUUGCACGCAACUGUUGCUACUGCGACAACGACUAACAGCAAUAUUAACGGCAACCACAACAACGCCAACACCAGCAACGCCAACACAGCGACAGCAGCAAUGGCCGCCAUGUGCCAAAUGCAAAGCUUUUUAAAUCAGCAGCAGCAGCAACAACAACAACAACAGCAGCAGCAGCAAUACAAUAAUAAUUGUGCUCAUAUAAAUUAUAAUCAGCAGCAGCAACAACAACAACCACAACAACAACAGCAGCAGCAGCAGCAACAACUGCCAGCAGCAACUACAAAUGGCGACAAGUUAGCAUUGGAUGCCAGCGAAAUUGCAAAUAUUUUGGCCAGUGAGCUAUUUAUGCAGCAGCUCGUUUCAUUUGACGGCAUGCAGAGUGUGCCGACGCUGACAACGCCAACGCUGACGCCAACCACGCUGCGGACCAUUGAGGAGACCAUCUUCGAGCUGACAUCGGAGCCACAGAAUGUGCCCUUCCAGGCCGGUUUCAAGCCGCCGCCACUGACAACGCCCGUCAACAGCAGCAGCGGUGGCAGCAACACAGGCACGCCCACAUCUUCGGUUUCGAUCAGCACAUUGGCCAAUGUGAUCAAUGCGAAUCCGAUUGUCAGCCAGCAGCAGCAGCAGCAAUUCGAUAUGAGCAUGAAUUGCGGCAGCAUGCCAGGUUCAGAUUCAGAGGACUCGAAUGGCUCCUGGAACGAUGGCCAGCUGAACGAUGACCAAAGCACAACAGAUACUUCAAGUGCCGCCACAGACAGCACCUCGUAUCAGAAUGGUGGCAUGUUAGGCAACAACUCGAAUGGUGUUGCCAACAAUUUCACCGCCGCUCUGGCGGCUGUCAACAGCGUUGGACGCAACAACAGCAAUGCUGGCCAGGCCGGCAGCAGCAACAACUCUAAUACCUCAACAAGUGCCACACCAGCGCGUCGCGGCGGCGGUCGACGUCCCAACAAGGCGGCAAACAUGUCACCCGAGGAGGAGGAGAAGCGUCGCAUUCGCCGCGAGCGCAACAAAUUGGCGGCAGCGCGUUGCCGCAAGCGACGCGUCGAUCAGACCAACGAACUGUCCGAGGAGGUCGAGGCGCUGCAGAAGAAGGGCGAAACGCUGAAGAAGGAGAUCGAGAAAUUGAAUGCGACCAAAAAUCAACUGGAAUACGUGAUCCAUUCACACCGUCCCACAUGCCAGAAGGUGCGCGAUGAUCUGCUCAGCGUGGCCACCUGCAAUGGCUUGAUUGCGCCCACCGCCAGCCUGCUCAGCGCUGGCGCCGGCGGCAGCUGCAGCGGCAGCAGUCUGCACAACAAUAGCAACAGCAAUGACAGCAGCAGCGGCACCAUCACCGGCUUCGAUGCCACGCUCAAUUCCACCGGGCGCAGCAAUUCGCCGCUCGAUCUCAAGCCGGUGCUAACCAACGAACAGUUGCUGCAGCACAUCAAGCACGAACCCCAAGACGGUGCGCUCGAGUCGGGCUCCUCGCUGGACCAGGACGGUCCGACGCCGGCCAAACGCUUUGCGCUGCCCAACAUUGCCACGCUGAACGCCUCGCUGACCACGCCCACGGGACCGGCGGGUGGUUCUCUGAACACACCGAUGGGCGCUGCGCCUCCGGGCAGUUUUAGCGCCUUCGCUGGCAGCAUUUGCAACAUGAGCAGCCCCACGCUGAAUGCCCUCAACAAGCUGCCCAAGGCACGACCCAACACACUGAAUGUCCAGCGGCCAUUUGGCGCCCACAUGGCGCAGGCGGCGGCGGCGGCGUUCGGCGAUGGCAAGGCGCCCAUGCAGAUCCAGGGUGUGCCCAUCCAGACGCCGUCGACGGGCACCUUCAAUUUCGAUUCGCUGAUGGAUGGCGGCACCGGACUGACGCCGGUGUCGGGACCUUUGGUGCCCACCUGCUCGUCGCAGAACAAGCAUCCGCUGGAGUUGCCAACGCCCACGAGUGAGCCGUCCAAGCUGGUCAGCUUAUAACCAGUGUAGGGGGCGUGGCGAUGGCGCAUCGCUAACAAAGUCAACAUUACAUUUAGUUUGUACACAAUUCACAUGUGCAUAACACACACACGUGCAACAAUUAUGAUUACGAAGCGAACGCGCUAAUUAAUUAAUUGCUAAGGAUUUAUAUACAUACAUACAUUGAUGUUUUGCUCUUUUUUGUAUCGAUUAUUUUUGUAAUGCAAACUUGGCUGCCACUGUUGCAACAGCAAUUUAAUGGUUGUUCAGUCGUGCGACGGUCUGACGCCCUUAAAGUGCCUCAUUUGGGGCAGUGGCAAGUGCAACUGGUUGCAACUUCAGCCAGGUGGCAGCCAGGUUCAUUAUUAUUUAAUAUUAUAUUGUUUUCCCGUUAACUGUAAAGCUUUUUGUAUUAUUAUCUCUAUUACGUUUAAUUUAUGAUUUUCGUAUCAAUUAUUAUGCUAUUCUACAACUACAACUAUAACUACUAUCGAUUAUAUAUAUCAGUCUUAAAUGAUAUAUUUACUUGUAUUUUUGUGCAAUUUUUAAACCAUUUCAUUUGCGUGUGUUAUAUUUUCAAAAAAUAUACAUAGUAACAUAUAUAUUUAUGCCUAAACAAAGCAUUUGCGAACAAUUCGCAAAUGUUUUGCAAAGAAAUGGACGAUUGAAAUGUGAAUGAAAGGACAUUGAAGGAUGCGUUGUGAUAUUUAUUAUUAAAACAAAACAAAAACAAAAACAAAAGUUAAAUAAAAUGAAACAAAAUAUUAACAGAGCGUGUAAUGAAAGGAACUAAGCCGGUUUUAAAAUUGUACAUUUAAACACAGAAAAA